GUUGUAUUUUUGUACAUCGGCAUUUACUCUAUCACACGAUUGAUAAGCGGUGGUCAUCUCAAUCCAGUCAUAACAAUUAUUCAAGUGAUAAGAAAAGCGAUUCUUCCAUUACUUGGGCUGUGUUAUCUUGGUUCUCAUUUUUUAGGAGCCGUGUUGGGCGCAUUGAGUGUAGAGGCGAUUACUACUACAAAACCAAGUCUAAAACCAUCAUUUGGAACAUGGCAUGCAAUAUUUGCCGAGAUGAUUGGCACAACUAUCGUAAUCGCGGCAUAUUUAACCUUAGCUACAAAGAGAAAAGGAAAUACAGCUGUUUUGGGAAUUGGGUUUGCUUAUGCUGGUGCUCUGAUCGCCAUAAAUAGCGUAUCGGGUGGAUAUCUCAACCCAGUCCUCAACUUUGGUAUCGCCGUUGCCUCUGGGUCAUGGACGAAGCACUAUGUGUAUUGGAUUGGCACUGGAUUUGGAGGAAUACUUGCAACACUACUCCAUGGCUUGAUCUUCGCCUCUGAUGAUGAACUGUGGAUAAAGCCUCAUAGUGAUUACAUUCCGGAAAGAAUCACCUGAUGUGAUUUGUAAAAUCUUUACAUGAAGUAUUCAUAUUAGCGUUGAAACACUUCACGCAUGGAAAUGUAGCUAUU